CUGUCUCUGCUCUCAGCCAUCAUGUGCAAUGCUUCACUUGGCUUUUGGGGUGGAUUUGCUUUAUUUCUACAGAAACAGGUUGUGUUGUGAAUCCCUUAAUAUCUUUGUUCUGUAAACUGAAAGGGAGGGUAUUUUUGAAGUGCCAUCUGACUUGAACUCAAGAUUCAAGCAGGUAACUAGAAAACAUGUCUCACAUCUACUGCAGUGAGACAUCUUCUCCCAUGAUGUCCUAAGGUUUUGGAACCACCAGUUCCACUGAAACAAUUCCAUUUGCAAAUCAGAAGAAAGAAAACACUCAAAUCUAGAAGCCUGACAUGGACAAAGACAUGCUGAGCUCUCUCAUUCCAGACCUUGCAGUUGAGCUGUUUUCUAGGAGCCCAGAGGUACCAGGAUUCAUGAAUAAAAUUUUCCAUCCCAACAUCGACGAAGCGUCAGGAACUGUAUGUCUAGAUGUAAUCAAUCAAACUUGGACAGCUCUCUACGAUCUCACCAACAUAUUUGAAUCGUUCCUGCCCCAGCUGCUGGCCUAUCCCAACCCUAUAGAUCCUCUAAAUGGUGAUGCUGCAGCCAUGUACCUCCACCGACCAGAAGAAUACAAACAGAAAAUUAAAGAGUACAUUCAGAAAUAUGCAACAGAAGAAGCACUAAAAGAACAGGAAGAAGGCACCGGGGACAGCUCAUCCGAGAGCUCCAUGUCCGACUUCUCGGAAGAUGAAGCUCAAGACAUGGAGUUGUAGUAAAAGAGGGCAACCUGCUUUUCAGAGAGACUCUUUAAUUUCCUAACCACGAGAAGCAGACUAUAAUAUUCAUAUUUAAACAAAAGCAAUUUUUUUUAUUACUAAACAAGGUUUUUAUGAAUAAUAGCAUUGAUAUAUCUCUUAUCA